UUGCUAACGAAGCUUCCGGUGUGGUUUGCUAGAACACUCCAGAAAGUUCCACGCGGAGGAACAGCAGCUAUAUUAAAGGCCAGACUUCUUGCCUACACCGGCUUCGAUUUUGCCAAAAAUACUUACCUUUUUCUCCUGAGAGGAAAACAUCUAACAAGUUAUAAUAAUGGUUCGCGAAACUGGCUUCUACGAUCUUUUGGGUGUCGGCCCAAAAGCAUCUGCCGACGAGAUAAAGAAAGCCUACAGAAAACUGGCCCUGAAAUAUCACCCCGACAAGAACCCCAACGAGGGAGAGAAGUUUAAGCUUAUAUCCCAGGCGUAUGACGUGCUUUCGGAUCCCAAAAAGAGGGAUCUGUACGACCAAGGAGGGGAACAGGCAAUUAAAGAUGGCGGCAUGAGUGGAGGAUCAUCCCCCAUGGACAUUUUCAACAUGUUCUUCGGCGGAGGAGGAGGCGGAAGGAUGCAGAGAGAAAGGAGAGGGAAGAACAUUAUCCACCAGCUCAGUGUUUCACUUGAGGACAUGUACAACGGCAGCACAAGAAAGCUGGCACUCCAGAAGAAUGUCAUAUGUGAAAAGUGUGAGGGCUAUGGUGGUAAGAAGGGUGCCUUGCAGAAAUGUUCCAACUGCAAAGGUAGAGGAGUGCAGAUCAAAGUACAGCAGAUAGGACCAGGCAUGAUUCAGCAGAUUCAAAGCAUGUGUGGAGAUUGUCACGGUCAGGGCGAGUCUUUUAGUGCUAAGGACCGCUGCAAGAACUGCAAUGGGCACAAAGUAGAACGCAAGAAGAAAAUUCUUGAAGUCCACAUUGACAAAGGUAUGAAAGAUGGACAAAAAAUUACAUUUCACGGGGAAGGUGACCAGGAACCUGACUUGGAGCCUGGCGAUGUCAUCAUUGUGUUGGAUCAGAAAGAUCACAGCGAAUUUAAACGAAGCGAAGACAGUCUGAUAAUGAAGAUUAACAUUAAACUUGUGGAGUCCCUGUGUGGAUUCCGCAAGGCCAUCAACACUCUGGACAAUAGAACACUCGUCAUCAGCUCACUACCAGGUGAAGUAAUAAAGAACAAUGACACAAAGCUGGUGCAGAACGAAGGAAUGCCGAUAUACAAGAGCCCUUACGAAAAGGGACAACUCAUCAUCCAGUUUGAGGUGGAGUUUCCAGAGAAAAACUGGAUCCCAGAGCAUCUCAUGUACCAGCUGGAAAGGCUGCUUCCUCCCAGAGAGGACGUGAUGAUCGCCGACGACACAGAGGAGGUAGAACUCUGCGAUGUGGACGAGCGGACGCAGCAGCGGAACAACAGAGAGGCGUAUGAGGAAGACGAGGGCAGUCCCAGAAGUGGCGUGCAGUGUCAGACACAAUAACUGUUGUCUUGUCACACGACGGACAAGGUGACCUAAAUCUAGUUUGACCAAUGCCUUUGUUGAAAGUAGCCAUUGAGAUUUAAACAAAUUCAUUUGCAACCAAGUAUUACAGUUCAGUUUGUCUUUGGAACAGCAAAACUUCCUCUGCCUGCUACCCACUCCCGCAAUUUACUAAAUGAUCUGAACUGCUACUUCACAAAAACACUGCUUUUAUUUAACUUUCCAUGGACUCCGUUGUGCAAGGUUUGUCUUCCUGUUCUGCCAUUGUUAUGUUGGCGCUUCUUUUAUAUAUGUAUUUAAUAAAGUCCCCGUGAGCUGGAUUGAUAGCUGUAUUGUACGGAAGCUUUAAAUGACUUGCUUUCUGUGAAGGUUAUUUCAGUCACCAACCAAAACAAUGUUUCAAUUAUGAAUAAAAGUCCCUGUGUGCUUUA